GGGUCAGUAUCCAAACCGGUGUCGGCCCGGUAGAAGAACAGAAAGGAAACCCGAACAGGAAACAACAGGCGAAGAGCUAGAAGAAUCCUGGGAAGAGAGAGCGAGCGAGGGAGAGGGAGAGAGAGAGCAAGAUGGGGAUCCGGUUCGUGCUGUUGGUGAACAAGCAGGGGCAGACGCGGCUGGCGCAGUACUACGAGCACCUCUCCCUCGACGAGCGCCGCGCCCUCGAGGGCGAGAUCGUCCGCAAGUGCCUCGCCCGCACCGACCAGCAGUGUUCUUUCGUGGAGCAUCGGAACUACAAGGUCGUGUACCGGCGCUACGCCUCCCUGUUCUUCCUCGUCGGCGUCGACAAUGAUGAGAAUGAGUUAGCUAUCCUUGAAUUCAUACAUCUUCUUGUGGAAACUAUGGACCGCCACUUUGGCAACGUGUGUGAGCUCGACAUCAUGUUCCACCUGGAAAAAGUGCACUUCAUGCUUGAAGAGAUGGUGAUGAACGGUUGCAUCGUGGAGACAAGUAAACAGAACAUAUUGGCACCGAUCCAGCUUAUGGAGAAAACUUCGUAAAUACUGUGCUCCAACUUUAGUUUUCCAUCACCCGGUGCUUAGCACCAUCGCCUUUCCUUUCCGUAUAUUUUCUAUCUGCGGAAAGUGUCAAUGACUGUGUAUGCAUGGGUUAUUUAAUUGGCCUGAUUGAAACUAUAACUGUUAUAUGAUGCUGAGAAUGAUGACAUAACCUGUUCUUACGUAAGCUGUUGUGGUGAUAGUUUGAUAAUGUACUGAAGUCAUUUGUUACUUCAUUCUUACUAGUACCUAGUCUGUAAUAAGUA